CCACAGGUGAUUGAAGACAACACUGGAGUGCGACGUGUGGUAGUGACACCACAGUCUCCUGAGUGCUACCCCCCCAGCUACCCUUCUGCCAUCUCGCCUACGCACCACAUACCCCCGUACCUUGCCCACCACCAUCAUUUCAUCCCCAACUCCCAUACAGCCUUCUACCCCCCUGUCACAGGGCCGGGAGACAUACCACCCCAGUUCUUUCCACAGCACCACCUUCCUCCAACAAUAUAUGGGGAAGAGAUCAUCCCCGUUUACGGUAUGUCCAACUACAUAACCAGGGAGGACCAGUACAAGCCACAGCCCAAGAAGAUGAAAGAACGGCAGCUGGACCGGCAGAACCGGCUCAAUAGUCCCCCUGCGUCCAUCUACAAAAACAACGUGGGCUGCACAGCAGUGUACAAUGGAUACGGCAAGACUCACAAUGGGGCAGGGGGAGGCAGCCCAGGCAUCAAGAAGACGGAGCGUCGAGCGAGGAGCAGCCCCAGGGCCAGCGAACAAGACGUGCCAGAUCAUGAUUCAGAAACCAAAAGAGUUCAAGACAUGCUUUCAGGAAUCGAAAAACCACAGGUGUCUAACAUUCAAGCCAGGACAGCCAGAUUGACUUGGAAUCCGCCGUCUGGGCUCCUGAAUGGAGACAGGCACACCAAUGGUAUCCCAUACUCAUGCAGCUAUGAGGUGAUGCUUUCAGACAAGGGGAGGGAUGGAAAGUACAACAUUAUUUACAGUGGAGAAGACUUAGAAUGUAAUUUGAAAAACUUAAGACCAGCAACAGACUAUCACGUGAGAGUCAACGCAGUGUAUAACACUGUCAAGGGAUCGUCUUCGGAAACAGGAAGCUUUACCACACAGUGCAGCACACCUGACUGUCCCUGCCCUCCAAAACUGUCUCACAGGACCAAAAGUUCCCUCACUUUGCAGUGGAAGGCACCAGUGGACAACGGAUCAAAAAUCACCAGCUACCUGUUAGAAUGGGAUGAGGGCAAGAAGAACAAUGGUUUCAGAGAAUGUUAUUUUGGGAACCAGAGACACUAUAAAUUAACUAAACUCUGCCCAGCGAUGGGGUACACAUUUCGAUUAGCAGCACGGAAUGACAUUGGCACUAGUGGUUUCAGCCCUGAAGUGGUGUUUUACACAUCUGGCAACAUCCCUCAGCUCCCCCUGCCUCCUAGGCUGGUCAGGGCAGGUAUCACUUGGAUCACACUGGAGUGGAACAGACCAGAAGGCUGCACCCAGGAGGAGACCAUCACAUACACCCUGGAAAUACAGGAGGAGAAUAAUGGAACUGGGUUUCAUCCGAAAUACACAGGGGAAACCUUGACUUGUACUGUAGAAAAUCUGAAGAGAAGUACACAGUAUAAAUUCAGGCUCAUUGCCUCCAACAUGGAAGGGAAGAGCACUCCCAGCGAAGUUCUUGUUUGCACCACAAGCCCAGACAAGCCAGGUCCCCCCUCAAAGCCCAGUGUGAAAGGGCCCAUCACACCUUACAGCUUCUGUGUGAAGUGGGACCCCCCGCAAGACAAUGGCGGUUCAGAAAUCUUGAAAUACCUCUUGGAAAUUUCAGAAGGAAACUCUGAUGCAAAUCAGUGGAACAUUGCAUACAGUGGACCGGCUACAGAACGAGUAUGUGAUCACUUGAAACCAGGCACUUUGUACAGGCUCCGAACUUGCUGUAUCAGCACUGGAGGGCAUAGUCAGUGUUCUGAAAGCCUGCCAGUUCGCACACUAAGUGUUGCUCCAGGUCCAUGUCAACCCCCAAGAAUCAUAGGCAAAGUCAGACAUAAGGAAGUACACUUACAGUGGGACUGUCCUGCCUCCGAGGGAGCCUGUGAAGUGACAGAGUAUAGUCUGGAAAUGAGUGAAGAGAACAUGGAGCCCUCGGAGGUGUAUCACGGCCCUGAUUUGGAGUGCACCGUCAGCAGCCUGCUCCCCGGAGCCACAUAUAGCUUCAGAGUCCGAGCCGCCAACGAGGCUGGGUACGGUCCAUAUUCUGGAGCCACAGAGGUGACAACUGCAGCUGGGCCUCCAGGCCAGUGUAGGCCCCCCUGUCUGACCCUUACAUCCAAUACCUGCGUGCUGGUGAGCUGGGAGAGCCCAGAGAACUCUGGGGCUGACAUUUCAGAGUACAGGCUGGAGUGGAGUAAAGCAGAGGAGCCCCUGGAACUCAUUUACUGUGGUACUGACACGCAGUAUGAAAUUUCAGAUCUCGACGCAGCAACACCUUACUGCUGUAGACUACAGGCUGCCAACCAAGCAGGAGCAGGGUCCUACAGCGAGCUGGUGACAUGCAGGACUCCUGCCUCUGUGCCUGACAUGGUCUCCACGCUGUUUGUUUUAGACAGCGAUCACAUAGAUGCACAUUUAAUUUCCCCCUCCACGUGCCUUGCUUUAAAAUGGGAAGAGCCUUGCAAUAAUGGAUCAGAAGUAAUUUCAUACACCAUCGAACUGGGAGACAGUCAAAUUAUAGUGGACAAUGUGACCUGCUAUGUGGUUGAAGGGCUGCAGCCAGACAGUGAAUACAGCCUCAGGAUCCGGGCCGUGAACGAGAUCGGAGCCGGAGCUUUCUGCCAGCCCCUCCGGGUGCGGACCAGGCCGUUGCCCCCAGCACCCCCUCGGCUGGAGUGCGCCGCCGCGGGGCCCCAGAGCCUCAAACUAAAGUGGGGUGACAACAGCAACACCAAAAUCCUCCUUACAGAUGAUGUGGCCUACGCCCUCCAGAUCGAGGACAAGAACAGAAGGUUUGUAACUAUCUACCGGGGCCCAAGCCACACCUACAAGGUACAGAGGUUGACAGAGUCGACAAGCUACAGUUUCAGAAUACAGGCUGUGAGCGACGCAGGAGAAGGUCCAUUCUCUGAGACGUACACCUUCAGCACAACCAAACUGGUGCCACCUGCUCUCAAAGCUCCUAGAGUAGCCCAACUUGAAGGAAACGCUUGUGAAGUCACAUGGGAAGCAGUCCCACCAAUGAGAGGAGACCCCAUCAACUACAUUCUGCAAGUCUUGGUUGGGAGAGAAUCAGAGUACAAACAGAUAUUCAGAGGGGAGGACACCGCAUUCCAAGUCUCAGGCCUUCAGUGCAACGUGGAUUAUCGGUUUCGUGUGUGUGUCUGCCGGCGCUGCCUGGACACCACGCAGGAGCUGUGUGGACCCUACAGCCCCUCCACCUUCUUCACUCUGCGCCGCAGCGAGGUGGGAGUGUCCGGAGGGCUGGGGAACACAGACGGCUCCAAAUCAAAGGGCAUCAUUUCCACUGAUGAACAGUUUGCCGCCCUCAUUGUUCUGGGCUUUGCAACGCUGUCCAUUUUGAUUGCCUUUAUUUUGCAAUACUUCUUUAUGAAGUAAUACGUGCGCGAUGACAAAGAAAAGAAAGAAAACUUGAGGUAUAUUUUUAACUAAUGCUACGCAUUAUAGUCCCAGUAUGUAUUCAGAUUUUUCUUGUCCUGUUUUCCUAUUUCGUUUCUCCGUGUUUCAGUUUUCUGUGUUGCAUCAUGCAGAUUUAGCUCAACAAAAAGCCUUAGGUCUUUGCUGCACCUUGUUUGGGAAAGAAAAUUCUGAUUAACAAGCCUUAAAAAAAGUUGAGCAAAAAGCAGUUGUUAACAGAAUUGUUUGCAUGUUUUUAUAUUUUUUUAAAUCUAUAUGACUACAAAAUAUUUUCUUUACAUUGAUGGCCUUAACGUUUUUGUUCACUGUUUAUCUUGCUUCAACUUUUUUUUUUUACAGCCAUAUUUGAUGUAGGCAUCAAAGCUUUACCAGUUUGUUACUGAUCAUUGCCCCAGGAAAUAACGCCAUGCUCCCAGAAGGCCAUGGAUCAAAUGGUAGAUGGUAGAUGGAUUCCACGUGGUAUUAAAAAAAAAUGUUCAGGGCUGUUGUAUUUUUAAGAAAUCACAGUACUCACAUUUUGAGACUAUGAAACACUAACUCCAGAGCAUAUAAACAGGUUAUUCAUAUUUCAGCUUCUGAGUCAAUACCACCAGCAUUAAGCUGCCAAAGCACGUUUCAGUCCAUGCAGAAGGCAUGGUUAAAUUGAUGCUGCUAUCCUGUAUUUUAAAAAAAUGGAACCAGUUAUCUAAUAUAUAACAAAUAUAUAUAUAAAUUCUAUUGAUACAGUGUAAUAUAAGUAAUAUUGGGUUUGGAGUAAAGGUUUUAAAUUAAGUAUGAGUCAGCGCAAAAACAAAUGGUGCUUAAAAUCUGUGGUCAGUAGUCUGUAGGUUCAGGUUGUAAAAAUGGCUGUAUGUAAGGCAAAAAUGCUGCAGAGUGCCAUAGCCAAUCCAAAAACUGUCGGACCAGACCUGUUUUUGGUCAUGCUAUAGGAUGCUGCAGAAUUUUAUUUGUGCUGAUGCCCUGAUCUAAUGGUCUGAGCUUACUCACGUUAUCUGUAGCCACUAAACAACUUGGCUAAUCCAUCACCCUUACUUCCCUUUGCGUAUCCAGCUUCCAUUCUGCAGCCCCAUGAUCGUGUUUAAUUCUUCAGCUCCAGUAAGCAUUCAGGAGUCACAGGGCCAGGCCUUGUCUGAGGUCUGCCUGAAAAUAAACCUGAUGUACCCUGUAAGGUAAUCUCCGUGUGAAAAGCAAGUUCUGUGUUCGUUGCUUGUUACGCUGUGAAGUUCUACUUAGGACUAUAACCGCCAGUAGGUCAAAUAGCAGGCUCUAUCCCAUUCUUACUGUAGUGUAUCACAGGAAUACGUAUGCCAAACAACAGGAAGUCCUUACAGAAUCCUUUUAGCAAUGUCAAGGUACAAACCAGCAGAUUUCACAAUUCCAAAGAGUUUCUGUGUUACGCUUGCAGCUUCUUUUGAAGUUUAAUUGGGGGUUUCUGAUCUUCUAGGAAACCCCCGUUGUGACAAGCCUGUAUAAUGUACCUCAGGGACUUGAACUUUAAGGAGGUGAAGACGCAAAUAUUACAUUUCCAAGAGGGUGCUGCAAACACUAUUUUGUAUUGUGAUUUUUUAAAAUCUUUGUUAGCCUGUUAGCUUUUUUUCUUCAUUGCCUAAGCUGUGCCUUGCUCUGUUGUCCAUAAACAAAGUCGUUUACUAGUUAAAAAAAAAAUACCUUUACCAAAGUUAAUGGGAAAGUAAGGUAUAAUUCUUUUUUAGGUUUAUUUAUACUAUAUAUUGCAUACAGUACUUUAAAUGCCAAUUACAGUGCAAUCUUCAUUUAUUUAUUUUUUAAA